CCGGGGGGGGGAGGGGUUGGCAAAGGGGCCUGGCCUGGGCCUUUGCUUUGGGUGGUUCAUUCUUUCAGAAGAGUCUUUUUUAUUUUUAUUGUUGUCUCGGGCCUCCUCCUUUUCCGUUUCCCUCGCUCCUCCCUUCUUGUGUGUGUUUGUCCCUCUCGGUUCGGCUGCCAUCGCGGUAAACCCCCCGGCGGUCUACAGAGGUAACUAACAGCCAGCCAGAAGAGAAAGUCACUCUCCUACUAAGCGCCUUCGCCACCACCACCACCACCAGUACAACAAACAGCCCUUGUCCGUCCUCUUAUCAAUCACGCCUCCUACCAGUAGUACCUUCACAGCGUCGGCUACUGCUGCCGGGACCGGGGCCCGCCAACUAGCAGCCCGCCCAGGACGUUCCCGCUUUAGGCAUCGCUCGGUCGCCAUCCGUCAUUUCGUCAUAGCCCGUCGUCGACUAAGAAUUACGCGUUAUUCGCCCCCUUCCCGCCAACCAACAGCACCAACUGGAACUUUAAUAAGGCACGCCCACUGUACGCCGCCGCCGCCGCCGCCGCCGCCGUGGUGCUAGAAGCUUACCUGGUGGUGCUAGAAGCUGGAGCCCGCGCGGUACCUGCGACUGCCUACUACAGUAGAGUUGCAAAGGCCAGCUCUCGCCAUCCCCCCACCACCAGGCAGUGGAGGCCACCACCACCACCACUACCUCCACCACCACCAGUCCACCACCUCCACCACUGGGCUACUACAAGCACUUCCAGUUUACCUUACCAGGUACCUUCACCCACGCACCGCCUGGCCCCGUUAUUGUUAGUGCUCCCGUCCGUUUCUUCCAGAACCCCCCCCCCUCCUACUCAUCCUCCGUUUUCGCCAUCCACCACCCUCCUCCUCUCGACAGCGCACCCAUCCAUCGUCGCGCAGACGCACACAGCCUCUGCAUACCGCCGGACCUCUCCCGCGCAGGCUCUGUCCGCUGCGUCGCACUGCAUUGACGACGCUGUUGUUUUGGUUGUCGUCGCCGCCGCCGCCGUCACCGUCGCACCUCCUCGCCUUCGUCGCCUCGCAACGCGCGCAUCUCGGCCGCCGUCAUGCCCGGCUCCUCGACAUGGGCGUGGUCCAAGAGCACGCGCAUCAAGGUGAUGCUCAUCAUCGACACGGCCUUCUUCCUCCUCGAGCUCAUUGUCGGCUUCCUCGCCCACUCGCUGGCCCUGACCGCCGAUGCCUUUCACAUGCUCAACGAUAUCAUCUCGCUCUUCAUCGGUCUCUGGGCUGUCGUCGCCGCGCAAAAAGAAACCACAGACGAAUACACCUUUGGCUGGGUUCGUGCCGAGAUAUUAGGUGCCUUCUUCAACGCCGUCUUCCUCAUUGCUCUCUGUGUCUCCAUUAUUCUUGAGGCUCUCACCCGCUUCGUCGAGCCUCCCGAGAUCAACAACCCCAAGCUCAUCCUUAUCGUCGGCUGCGCCGGACUCUUCUCCAACCUCCUGGGCUUCGUCGUCCUCGGCGGCCAUGGACAUUCCCACGACCACGACCACGACCACGAUGGCGAGGGCCAUGAUCACGCCCACGGCGAGCACUCCCAUGACCACUCCCACGUCAACGAUGCCGAGGAGGGUAGGGCCGGUAGAGACAUUUGCUCCGAGGUUGCCGACGAGAGCGGCAACGUUAACGAUGUCCUUCCCGAGGUCGUUGUCAGGAGGGCAACCAGGGAUGGAUGUGGUGCUGACAGCCCCGAGACCACCCGCCGAAUUCGCUUCGGAGACGACGCCCAAGGCCGAGAUGAAUCCAACACGCGUGGCAGCCGCGUCUCGGCCCAGUCCCGCGGCCGCGUUCGCCGUCGGUCCAGUAAGAGCGGCCAUUCGCGCUUUGCCAGCAUCGAGGACAUGAGCAUCCAUCCAGCCAGCUUCCGCCAGGACAUUAUCGCUGCUAGUCUCGCCGCUUCGUCCAACGCUCCUGUCGAGGAGACCGAGAGCGGCGAGGAUUCGGCUCUGGCAGAUUCGGAGAACGACGCCAAUGAGUCGUCCCCGCUCCUUAAGGACAGCAACGCGGCCGGCAACAACGGCACCAUUGCUCACAAGUCGCACUCUCACUCGACGUCCACCACAUGGAGACGUCGCGCGCGACGCGACUCGAGCGUCCACGAAGGGCACAACCACACCAUGCCCCGCAAGCCUGGUUCCAAGGCCAGCGGCCACAGCCACGCCGACAUGGGCAUGAAUGCCAUGAUGCUUCAUGUCCUCGGCGAUGCCCUGGGCAACGUCGGCGUCAUCAUCACCGCUCUCAUCAUCUGGCUUACCGACUGGCCCGGCAAGAUAUACGCCGAUCCGACCGUCUCGCUUUUCAUCACCGCCAUCAUCCUCAAGACAUCGAUCCCCCUCACCCUCGCCACCGCCCGCGUUCUUCUCCAGGCGACCCCCGAAAACAUUUGCAUUCAGGAUAUUCGCCAGGACAUUGAGCGCCUGCCUGGUGUCGUCAGCUGCCACCAUAUCCACGUCUGGCAGCUCUCCGACACCAAGAUCGUGGCCAGCUUGCACCUCCAGGUCUCCUUCCCCAUCAACACGCACAGCGGCGAAAAGUACAUGCAGCUGGCAAAGCGAGCCAGAAAGUGUCUCCACGGCUAUGGCAUCCACAGCGCCACCAUCCAGCCUGAGUUCUGCCUGGAUCAGAAGCAUCAACAAGAGCACGACGCCGCUGCCCUGUCGCUUGAUGGCGCUGUCGCCGAUGGUCCCGCCGAUGCCGCCUGCCUGCUUGAAUGUGUGGACGACUGCGAGGCACAGGGCUGCUGUACACAGGACACAGCGUCCAAGGCUUCGUCAACGCGACGCGGCAGUGACUCCUCACACGGCGAGGCCCAUCCGCAGUCGUAGAGCGACGAUAGCCAUCCACGGAUUUUCAAUAUGGAGAUGGGCGGGUAGACGGUCCCGCCACCUGUGUGAUUAUAUGCCUGUCUCGCGACCCGCGAGCAGGCCCCCCCGCAUCAGGGCAUGGAGCGUACAGUUCUUCGACCUCUCAUGAGUUCCCUUAAUAUGGUACACCCGGGUAUCUUGUAACGGUUUGGCGUUGGUCGGGUUUGCACAUAUAUCUCAUCGGAGACGGGAAAAGUUGGGUGUGGAGCAGCAGCGCACGACGGGUGCCUCUUGGGUUUAUGUUCUUUCUUUUCCUUUGUCUGAAGCGUCUGGUCAAGGUGAACGAGCGUCGUAGAAAGGUACACCUGGAAUCUAUUCUCUGUAUUACCAGUGGCUUUUCCAGUCCCCGGUGCCGUGCUGCUGGUGCUCUCGUUGAGGCGUCUCUCAACUACUACUAUUAUCAACCCGCAGUGCCCAAAAGGUGUCUGAGCUGCCCAGUCUGUUGCGCUGCGGGAAAUACACUCUUAUUUCCCAAUAUCGACCGACCUGCGAUGUCGUCUGCGUGGAGUAGGGGGUAGACGGGUAGCUCGUCGCUCAGCCCAUCCAUACGUUUGCUUGCCGGCUUGUUUGGCUGGGCCCUGGAUGGCUGUUGCUGUUGCUGUUGCUGUUGCUGUUGC